UUCUCCUUCCCUGUUGAAGCGGUUUCCAGAUGCUCAAGAAGACCCUAAUUACAUGGUCAAACUGUCAGAGGAAGACGUUAUAAGUGCAUUAGGUCUGUUAUGGCAACCUGUCAAUGACUGUUUCAAAUUUGCCAUUAAGGACUGGUCAUCUCCACCUUGCAUGACUAAACGAACAUUACUAUCUGACGUUAACGGUAUAUAUGAUCCAAUUGGUUUAAUUGUUCCAGUUCUUAUCAAGGGAAAAAUUUUUAUUCAACAAUUAUGGAGCUGUAAAUUAGGCUGGGAUGACAUGCUAUCAGCUGAUUUACAAUCUAAGUGGAGUGCAUUCUACUUGAGUCUCCGUUCGCUUCAAUCACUGUCUAUUCCCAGAUGUAUCAUCUGCAAAUCGUCCAAGGAUAUUCAAAUACAUGGGUUUUGUGACGCUUCGCAAGAAGCAUUCGGGGCUUGCAUAUAUCUGCGGUCUGUUGAAUCCAAUGGCUCAGUCACAGUUAAAUUGUUCACAGCCAAGUCCAGAGUCGCCCCAUUACAUCCAACCACAAUACCACGCUUAGAGCUGUGUGGAGCUCUGCUACUUGCUGAGUUGUUUCAUGAAGUCAAGGAAGAAUUGAAACUGUUGAACAUCAAUUUUAAUCCAUCUACCACAUAUCUGUGGACCGAUUCUACUAUUGUACUGGGGUGGAUAAAAAGUCAGUCUAUUUUCCAAGUAUAUGUUUCAAACAGACUAGCUCGCAUUCUUGACGUCACAACACCUAAUCAAUGGUUUCACGUACCAUCCCUUGAAAAUCCCGCGGACUUGAUUUCCAGAGGGGUCAGUGCUGCAGCAAUUUUGCAUUCUUGUCUUUGGUGGCAUGGUCCUAGCUGGUUAAAAGAUGCUCAAGACAAAUGGCCUAUAACUUGUACCCCAGCAUCAGAUUCGUUACCAGAACUUCGUCAAGUCAAAUUAAUUUUGGCCACCACUCGUCAAGACAAUAUACUGUUUGAAAGGUAUUCAAAAUGGACCCCAUUGGUUAGAAACACCAGUUGGCUGUUACGCUUCAUACACAACUGUAGAUGUUCAAGAAACAAAACUCUUGUUCCCCGAAGUGGUUUCUUAAGUGUUACGGAAUUAGAAUCUGCUCAGGUGGUCUGGUACCGCUAUGCUCAACUGCAGUUUUUUGAUGAAUUAUCCGCUUUACAGAAAAGACAACCAGUGGCUAGAAGUAGUAAAAUCAAAUCAUUAAAUCCUUGCUUAGACGCAGAUGGUGUAAUGAGAGUUUGCGGUAGAUUAGCCAGAGCUCCCAUAUCAGACAAGAUAAAAUAUCCAAUUAUACUCCCUUCUCAACAUAGACUUACCCGAAUGAUUUUUGAAUACGAGCAUAUUCGACUUCUUCAUGUGGGUCCACAGGCAUUGUUUGCAAACAUACAAACGCGUUUUUGGCCGUUGCGUGGUCGUGAUAUUGCUCGAGCGACUGUACGUAAUUGCAAAACUUGUUUCAAAGUCCGUCCCAGGUUUUCAGCACCGCUAAUGGCUCCGUUACCGAAGGAACGUGUAACCAUAGAAAGACCGUUUAAUCGUACUGGAGUAGAUUUUUGCGGACCAGUUUUGAUUAAGAGUGGUAUAAGACGAGUCACUGCUAUCAAAUGUUAUAUUGCCGUCUUUGUAUGUUUUGUCACCAGAGCAGUGCACUUAGAGCUAGUCACUGAUCUAACAGCGGAUGCAUUCAUUGCUGCACUUUCAAGGUUCAUGUCCAGAAGGGGAAUGUGCUCACAUGUAUACAGCGACAAUGCUACAAAUUUUGUAGGAGCUCAUAAGGUAUUGACACAGUACUUUGCACUAAGUAGUAAAAACCAACGAGUUGUGGACGUGAUGGCAAACCAAGGAAUACAGUGGCAUUUCAUCCCUCCUUCUGCGCCCCAUUUUGGCGGGCUCUGGGAGGCAGCCGUAAAAUCAGCCAAACACCUCAUGUUGAAGACCUCAAAGGGUGCAUUGCUUAAUGCUGAAGAAAUGAACACGUUGCUGUGCAAAAUUGAAGCUAUUUUAAAUUCGCGCCCUAUGACAUCGUUGUCUGAUGAUCCUG